GGGAGAGGUCUGUAUGUAAACAAUGCAGAUCUCUCCCCUGUCAGCUCCAGCACGCCGCUUUGUACGGCUCUGCAUAGCAGAGCCAUACAAAGCAAUGUCCUGAAACAGUAAAACACCCACAGCACAGCAUGUCUACCUAGUAACACAGCACACAGUUAACCCUUUGAUCGCCCCAGAUGUUAACCCCUUCCUGCCCAGUGCCAUUAGUACAGUGUCAGUGCUUUUUAUUAGCACUGAUCACUGUGUUGGUGUCACUGGGGAUGUCAGUGACACCAAGUCAGUUUCCCCCCAGUGUCAGAAUGUCAGUCCCGCUACAA